UGCAUAUAUUACCAACAUCAUCAUCGUCAUCUCCCUCGAUGGCUUCCUUCGGCAGCUCUUGUCGUCUUCUCCCAUCGACCGUUACUGCCAAAGCUUUUUCACUUCCUCUUCUUUCUCCUUCCCUUUCUCGUUCUCCUUCUUCUCUCAAAUGCACUCGAUCUUCUUAUCUACUACCUCUUUUGGUUCUCCGCCAGAAGCUUCAGAGAAGGUCGAUGGUUGGCACACCCAAUGCCGGAAGCACAGUAAUCACCCCAAAUUGCUUUGCGUCUGAACCUGAACAGUUGAAAAGUGCAAGACAAGAUAUCAAAGAGCUUCUUAAGACUACAUUUUGCCAUCCCAUUUUGGUUCGACUUGGAUGGCAUGAUUCUGGAACCUAUGACAAGAACAUUGAAGAGUGGCCACAACGAGGUGGAGCUAAUGGAAGUUUGAGAUUUGAAGUAGAACUUAAACAUGCGGCUAAUGCUGGUCUUGUAAAUGCAUUAAAGCUUCUUCAGCCUAUCAAAGACAAGUAUCCAAGUGUGACAUAUGCAGAUCUGUUCCAGUUGGCCAGUGCAACAGCAGUGGAGGAGGCAGGGGGCCCCAAAAUCCCCAUGAAAUAUGGACGGUUUGAUGUAUCUGCACCUGAGCAAUGUCCACCGGAAGGGAAGCUGCCUGAUGCUGGGCCCCCUUCACCUGUUGGUCAUCUACGUGAUGUCUUCUAUCGGAUGGGGUUGGAUGACAAGGAAAUAGUUGCAUUAUCUGGUGCACACACAUUAGGGAGGUCUAGACCAGAGCGCAGUGGCUGGGGAAAGCCAGUGACAAAUUACACUAAAGAUGGUCCUGGAGCACCUGGAGGACAGUCAUGGACUGUUCAGUGGUUAAAGUUCGAUAAUUCCUACUUCAAAGAUAUAAAAGAGAAAAGGGAUGCAGAUCUGCUAGUUUUGCCAACUGAUGCUGCUCUGUUUGAAGAUCCGUCAUUCAAGGUAUAUGGUGAGAAAUAUGCAGAAGAUCAGGAUGCAUUUUUCAAGGACUAUGCUGAAGCCCAUGCCAAACUCAGCAGUCUGGGUGCCAAAUUUGACCCUCCUGAGGGUUUCUUAAUAGAUGAUGGCCCGGUGAAGCCUGAACCAGAAAAAUUUGUCGCAUCCAAAUACUCAUCUGGAAAGGCUUAAAAAACAAGAAAAUCCUAUUUUCUUGAUACGUCUCUUUAAGUAACAACUCAAGAUGAAGCUAUUUCGAAACAAUGUGAAAUCACACCUAAAACUUGGUAGUCAAAAAGUGAAGGAGAAAAGAAUAAAAUUCAACAUGUUUACAUAUUUGAAAUGCAGAGGGAGCUGUCAGAGUCUAUGAAGCAGAAGAUUCGGGCUGAGUAUGAAGCUGUCGGUGGCAGCCCAGAGAAGCCUCUUAAGUCAAACUAUUUCUUAAACAUCAUGAUUGGGGUAGCUGUUUUGGCUUUAUUGACAUCUCUGCUUGGUAACUAAUUGGAUUUCUUGUUUCUAUGUUUUGGUUUCUUUAUCGAAAUCAUGUUUUGUUCAUUA